UCUGUGUGCAAAGUUAGUUGUUUUUCCCUUCUUACAGCAGCUCCCCCUUUUUGUCUCUUUUUAUACUUGCAAUCUUCUGCACCAAUGCUGGGCCUCUAUUUGCCCUUUCAAAUGUUAUGUUUUGCCCCAAAAAUAGUCAAAUGUUAUUAUGCUUGUUGAAAAGGGCUUAUGUUGAGAGAAAUCAAGAGAUUUUCAAUAUUACAUUUUCUUUUUUAGGGAUUGUUAUUAUCUCAUGGGUAUCCAUUGGCUCUCAAUUUUCUCUUGCGUCACUGUUUAAACUCAGCGUUUCACCUUGAAACAGGCCAGUCCAUUUAGGCACUUAAUGUAACGAACUGACUUCCAGCUACUUCUUUGUCUUUUGUCAUCAGAUGUGGACUGUCCUUUGACUGUUCUAUUUCAGUCUCUCUCACUUUUCUCUGGGCUUAUUGGUGUUUAUCAGGAAGAAGGCCACCUAGCCAACUGUGUUAAUGUGCUCUAACUGCAGUAUCUGUUUUUAACACUGGUAUUUGUAGCCAAUGGGGGUGGUUAGGGAGUGGUAAUAGUUCCAGUUAUGGCUUUUUGGUCAUUGCGGUACACCUUUUUACUACUCACUAGCCACAUUUAAUCCAUUGUGGGUUGUUUUUUAAUUUAACAUAUGAAAUUGGUCAUGUUUCAAUUAAGUAACAAUUGCAUUUAUUUGUCUAUACUAUAGCCCGACUUUUAAACUUGGUCGUAAACCACAACUUAUAUUUUUACAUCCAAAAUGAACAACAUCGCACUGCAAGAAUUCUUUUUUGUGUGUGUAAUUCAUUACUAUCUCAUUCAGUCGAUUGAACAAUUUCAGGUAAUGGAUGUUAGUGGGCUGAAUUUGCCUUUAAGUGUGAACUCAUUAGGGACCUUAGGUCAAACAAUGCAUAGCAUUGUUUAUAACUGCUACAGUUCCUUAGAAUUUGACUUGUCAUACCACUGUCACAUGUAUUUUAGUGUAAAUAGUGCCACGCUUACAUCUGCACUGAGUGGGUCCUCACUUUUAAUCUCUGGUCAUGAAAUUGGACUAACACUGUAGAAAAUGUUGUGUGUGGGUCUGUGCUUGGACCGAGUAGAUGUUGGUGUUUUAACUUUAGGUUGUCAGUUGUGGUUUUGCCUGAAUACUUGAAUUGUAGUGUGCAUUGAGUUUGCUGCCCUGCAACAAAUCCUUCCAUUUCGGAAAUAAGGUUGGUGUGGUGUUCAUCCUAACCCUGGAGUUCUGAGGUAACAUUGUCUUGUGUGUUCUGAUCUUUUAACCCGCAUGGUUCAGGCUUUGACUUCCUUCCAAUUUUUUAACAAACAUAUUUGUUUCAUUCAGCCGCACCCUCUGCAAGUGUGGCUACCUCCCAGGAACCCCAGGCGGCUUCUGGCCCUGCCAAGCCCAAAGGCAAAGAGGCCAAGGGUGGCUCAACCCCAAAGGCUGUCCCUGGCAGAAGAAAAAAGUCCUCGAUGUCUGCCUCCUCCUCUUCUCCUUCCUCCCCAAAGCCAACCUCCUCAACACCCCGUUCCCCCUUAGCUACCUCACCUGGGGCAUCUGGAGCUCCCAGCCAGGGCAACCGUGCCGUCCCAAAGGUUGUAAAGGCUGGCAAACAAGGAAAGGCUAAGAAAGGAGAGGCUUUCAAGCCUGCUGCUGACCUGCCAGCCCCAGCCAAGGCUCCUGCCUCCACAGAGGCCAAACCUGUUCCUAUUGAGCUUAAAGCUGCUCCUGCACCAGUAGUGGCCAUGCCAGCAUCUGUUGCUUCAGAUCCUGCACCUUCCUCACCAAUCUCUCCCAAGCCUGAGGCAUCCCCUGUGGCCUUCAAAGUGACCUCAAAGCCUGCUGCAUCAGCCCCUAUAUCAUUUGCUGAUGCUGGAGCUCCCAGCCAGGGCAACCGUGCCGUCCCAAAGGUUGUAAAGGCUGGCAAACAAGGAAAGGCUAAGAAAGGAGAGGCUUUCAAGCCUGCUGCUGACCUACCAGCCCCAGCCAAGGCUCCUGCCCCCACAGAGGCCAAACCUGUUCCUAUUGAGCUUAAAGCUGCUCCUGCACCAGUAGUGGCCAUGCCAGCAUCUGUUGCUUCAGAUCCUGCACCUUCCUCGCCAAUCUCUCCCAACCCUGAGGCAUCCCCCGUGGCCUUCAAAGUGACCUCAAAGCCUGCUGCAUCAGCCCCUAUGUCAUUUGCUGAUGCUGUUGCCUCUAGUCCACUUAAAGCUGCCCCUGAAAUGCCCAAGGCCAAGCCUAAGCCUGUGCCCAAAGCUGAGGUGAAAGAGGUAAAGGCAGCCCCUGCACCAGCUAAGCCUGCUAUGGAGAAUGAUGACCUUCCACCUCUCAUUCCACCAGAGGAGCCAGUAAAGAUGCCAGUCUUCUCACCCCCUACAGUAGUAGAGGCUCCUAAGCCUGCCCCAGUUGCUUCUCCAGCUCCCCCUAAACCAGCUCCAGUUGAGCCCGUUGUAGCUGCACCAGCUCCGCCCAAGCCUGCGCCAAUUAAGCCCGUUGUAGCUGCACCAGCUCCGCCCAAGCCUGCGCCAAUUAAGCCCGUUGUAGCUGCACCAGCUCCGCCCAAGCCUGCGCCAAUUGAGCCUGUUGUAGCUGCACCAGCUCCGCCCAAGCCUGCGCCAAUUGAGCCUGUUGUAGCUGCACCAGCUCCGCCCAAGCCUGCGCCAAUUAAGCCCGUUGUAGCUGCACCAGCUCCGCCCAAGCCUGCGCCAAUUAAGCCCGUUGUAGCUGCACCAGCUCCGCCCAAGCCUGCGCCAAUUAAGCCCGUUUCAGCUGCACCAGCUCCGCCCAAGCCUGCGCCAAUUAAGCCCGUUGUAGCUGCACCAGCUCCGCCCAAGCCUGCGCCAAUUAAGCCCGUUGUAGCUGCACCAGCUCCACCCAAGCCUGCGCCAAUUAAGCCCGUUGUAGCUGCACCAGCUCCGCCCAAGCCUGCGCCAAUUAAGCCCGUUGUAGCUGCACCAGCUCCGCCCAAGCCUGUGCCAAUUAAGCCCGUUGUAGCUGCACCAGCUCCGCCCAAGCCUGCGCCAAUUAAGCCCGUUGUAGAUGCACCAGCUCCGCCCAAGCCUUGCCCAAUUGAGCCCGUUGUAGCUUCCCCUAAGCCUGUUGAAGUAGCCAUUGUACCACCACCACCUCCAGUUUCAAAACCUGCCCCCACCCCUGCUAAAACCCCAACCAAACCGGAGCCUGUGACCAAGAAUGAGGGGUCUGGCACUGAAUCGGACAGCGACGAGUCUGUACCAGAUCUGGAGGAACAGGACUCUGCACAGACACAGCAAGCACAGCUUGCAGCUGCUGCAGAAAUAGAUGAGGAACCCGUUAGCAAAGCCAAACAGAGCCGUAGUGAAAAGAAGGCACGAAAGGCAAUGUCUAAGCUGGGUCUCAGGCAGGUGACGGGGGUCACCAGGGUUACCAUUCGCAAGUCUAAGAACAUCCUAUUUGUCAUCACCAAACCAGAUGUCUACAAGAGCCCUGCAUCAGACACUUACAUUGUCUUUGGUGAGGCUAAGAUCGAGGAUCUCUCACAGCAAGCCCAGUUGGCAGCGGCAGAGAAGUUCAAGGUACAGGGAGAAGCUGUGUCGAACAUCCAGGAAAACACACAGACGCCCACCGUACAGGAGGAGAGCGAAGAGGAAGAGGUUGAUGAGACCGGGGUCGAGGUGAAGGACAUUGAACUUGUGAUGUCACAAGCCAAUGUGUCGCGAGCGAAGGCUGUACGCGCCCUGAAAAACAACAACAACGACAUUGUCAACGCAAUUAUGGAAUUGACGAUGUAGGCUGCUGGAGUUGAUGGGGUUCUGAAAGGUUGCUGAUUUAAUCUAUCGUUGGUACAAUUUAUACCCUAGGUGGAAAUAAAGUUGUAAAUCGA